UAAUGUUGAUUGUUUCUUGUUGAAUUAGAGCCCAAGGGUCACUCCAAGCGAAAAAUUAUAGCCUAGUUUAUUCUUUAAAAUACUGACAUUAUUUACAGAUACUCAGCCAAGUGAACAGAAUGACUGAUACAUGCCUGCAGCUGCUCCUUGUCUUGAUGGUAACAGGUCCGUCAAUGUGUGUGGCACAAGUGUGCAGCAGGCCUCCGCUAGGGAAACGCAUUGUGGGAGGAGUUGAAGCAUCAGCAGGGGCGUGGCCAUGGCAAGUGGACAUUCAGAUGGGAGCCAAUGGCCAUGUUUGUGGUGGAUCCAUAAUUGCAAAAAAUUGGGUCCUCUCUGCUGCACACUGCUUUCCUAACCCCUCAGAAGUGUCUUCAUACCGCCUGUACAUGGGACGCCAUCUGCUUAAUGGCUAUAACCAGUUUGAGAUGGUCAGUCAGGUGCAGCGAGUGGUUGUUCCAGAAGGAUACUCAAGCCCUCAGGAGGGCAGAGAUGUAGCCUUAGUGCAGCUGCGCUCUCCGGUCACGUGGUCAGACAGGAUUCAGCCUGUGUGUCUACCAUUUGCUGGCUUCCAGUUCAACAGUGGAACCUUAUGCUACGUUACGGGCUGGGGACACACUCAAGAGGGCGUCUCCCUCACUGGACUUGGGGCGCUACGGGAAGUGCAAGUGCCCAUUAUCAACCAGUCUUCCUGCCAAUCAAUGUAUCAGAUUUUGUCAUCUGAUUUAAUAACAGUUGACGUCCUAUCAGACAUGAUCUGUGCUGGAUAUAUGGAGGGAGGCAAGGAUUCCUGUCAGGGGGACUCUGGAGGGCCUCUGGUUUGUCCUGUUGGCAAUGGGACGUGGAUUCAGGCAGGAGUUGUGAGUUUUGGACUUGGGUGUGCUCAGAAGAACCGGCCAGGUAUCUACUCCAGAGUCUCAAGCUUUGCGAGCCUCAUCCGCACCACAGUUCCAGAAGCUCAAUUUUUUGGUCAUGCUUGGAGGAGUGAAAGUCAAACACCUCUGGUUCUAGGCCUCUCUAUUGUGUUAGUACUCUUUUGUUAAAUAGAUCUAAUGUACAAGUUAAAUUUUGAAACACCACCAGUUUUGUCUGUGUGGCAUUGAUUUGCUAUGUUUUGAAUGCUGUUGUGGUGCAAAAAUUGAAUGCAAAGCUUCAGAGGUGUUGCAAAUGAUUUUAAAUGAUGUAAUAUGUGACAUGUUUUUAUGACGGAGUGAUCUGGUCAUCUGAUCCUGCCUAAGCACAGAUAUAGUUGUUAUAUACUGUUGUUAUUGUGUAUUAGAUAUCUUUUAAUGCGACUGCAGUAAUGUCACCAAGACCUCAAAACACUUUAAAAUGCCAAUAUCCUAAUUUAUAGGAUAAAUUCAAUAUGAUUUUGUAUUUCUUGUUCUGAAUAUUUGUAAUGAAAAAUCAAAUUGAUUUGACUGCAUAAGGCAUAUUAUUGCACAUUACAAUUACUGCUUUCACUCAUGCAUUCAAUAUCAGUGUUAUUUUAGAAUUUAUAUUAAAUUAGUAUGUCACCUGUGUUUUCCUUUUUCUUGAGGUUUUUAUUUAUUUAUUUAUGAUAUGCACUAAACAUUGUCAUUAGUCAUUGUAAAGCGAUUUGAUCUUGAUUUUUUUUAUAGUACAUUACACUUAAGACUCACUAUAACUAAAGAUGCUUUUGAUUUGAAGAAAAUACAAAAAAAAAAAAAAAAAAUCAAAGAAUACUUUGUCUAGUUUUAAACUGUAUGUGUUUACUCUAGUCUAAAUAUUUUGUA